AUGGUGGUGUCGCCGGGCGCCCCCGCCUCGGCGGCGGCCCCUCCCGAGCUGGUGCACAUCGACGACGACGAGGCCAAGAAGAGGCGCUCGUCGGAGCGCGAGAAGGAGCGCCCGCGCGACAAGGACCGCGAGAAGGGACGCUCGCGCGACCGCGACAGGGAGCGCGAGCGCGAGAAGGAGCGCUCGCGAGAGGAGCGCGAGAAGGGCCGCUCGCGCGACCACGGUCGCUCGCGCUCGCGUUCCAGGGAGCGCGACCGCAGCGAGGGCCGGCGCCGGAGCGGCGGCGGCGGCUUCGACUACAGCCAGCCGCGCGCCGGCCGCGUGCGACGCUUCAUCUACUUCCCGUCGGGCUCGACGGUGACGGUGACGGUCGACUUCGUGAUCCCGGUGGGCAGCUCGGGCGCGUCCAUCACCUUCUCGCCGUCCAUCACGUUCGUGCCGACCACGAUCACUCGGCACGAGUACGGGUCCCACGAGGGGCGCAGCUUCGCCGCCGACCGCAGCCGCCUGCUCGACACCGUCGGCGAUGCCUUCAGACAGGUGGGGCUGGACGGCCGGGCGUGCCUGCAACGACUCAUGUGUGAGGUGUCCGGGGCUCCGCGGCACCGAGACGGCCUCUUGGGCGAAGUCGUCAACACCGUCCUCCUCGGCGGGGACAGCGCUGACAAUGAGGUGGGGACGGAGACGGGAACAGAAGUGGCGCUGUUCUCCAACUCGACCCGGCCGGCUGGCGACGGCUGGUCAUCGCAACUGUUUGACGCCGAGGAGUUGGCAGAAGCAAGGAUGCAUGGUAGUUUCCACGGCGACUGCUCAGAACGCUACGGCAGCUGCCCCGUAUCCAUCUUUAACAUUAUCUGAUGUAUCAUCAUCUGGUACAACGCAUAUGGGUUGUGGUGCUUUCAGGAUUUUCAAGUUUUAAUAUUAUGCGGAGUGGACAUGAAACUACACCAGGUUAUGUUGAUGGCUCGUCAUCUGUCUCCGCUGCCUUUUGUUGUUGAUGGUUCGUCGUCUGUCUCCGCUGCCUUUUGUUGAUGGUUCGUCGUCUGUCUCCGUUGCCUUUUGUUGUUAUCGCUGCUGGCCUUCCACUUGCGAGCAGCUUUUUUUAAGCUUU